AUGCCUCAGGGAGAUUACAUAGAGCUUCACCAGAAGCGCCAUGGCCGGCGCAUGGACUACGAGGAGCGCAAGCGCAAGAAGGAGGCGCGCGCGGUCAAGAAGAACUCCAAGGAUGCCCGCAAGUUGCUCGGUGCCAAGGGCAAGAGGUUCGCCAAGAAGCGGUAUGCCGAGAAGGCGCAGAUGAAGAAGACCCUGAAAAUGCAUGACGAGUCUUCUUCCCGGCAGAAGGUUGAUGAUGAUGUUGAGGAGGGCGCCAUUCCUUCGUAUCUGCUGGAUCGUGAUCCGACACAGCGCGCCAAGGUUCUCAGCAACACAAUUAAGCAAAAGAGGAAGGAAAAGGCUGGCAAAUGGGAUGUUCCUUUGCCAAAGGUCAGACCUGUUGCUGAAGAAGAGAUGUUCAAAGUUCUACGCACUGGCAAGCGGAAAACCAAGCAGUGGAAGAGAAUGGUAACUAAAGCCACCUUUGUUGGCCCUGGAUUUACAAGGAAGCCACCAAAGUACGAGAGGUUCAUCCGGCCUACUGGUCUGCGUUUCACCAAGGCUCAUGUGACUCACCCUGAACUGAAAUGUACGUUCAACCUCGACAUAAUUUCGGUGAAGAAAAACCCAAAUGGUCCAAUGUACACUUCUCUUGGUGUUAUGACGAGGGGAACAAUUAUUGAGGUGAAUGUAAGUGAACUUGGUCUCGUAACCCCUGCUGGAAAAGUUGUUUGGGGCAAAUACGCACAGGUUACGAAUAACCCGGAGAACGAUGGAUGUAUCAAUGCUGUCUUGCUCGUGUGA